GGCCGCCGGACCCGGGAGCCCGCGCGAGUCAAAUGAAUGAGCGAAGCCGCGACCAGCGGUUAAUCACGCCCCUCGGUGCCCGGCUGGUCCUCGGGGGUACCCGUAGCUCGGCACCGCACUCCCCUCCCAGCCCAACCCCUCCUCAGGUCCCGUGCAUCCCACCCGCUCGCCAGCCCUCCCGCAGACUCUCGACCCCAGAGAGGCGGAGCCCAUGCCCCAGUGCCGCCGAGGAAGGGGACCCCGCCUGGCCGGCUCCCGAGUGACGAACACUAGCCUCCCGCGGGCGCUGGCCCAGUCGCCGAGGCAUGCCGUCCGCGGGGCCCCGGCGUCGAGCCAUGCGCAGCACCUCACCCGGCGGCGCCAUUCCUCCGAGCAGGUCCAAGAAGGGUCCGCACCGCUAGCGGACUUCCGCUCAGAAAAGUGGCUCCGGGAGCGCGCCGGAGGGGACGCCUGGAACUCGCGGCAGGCUCCGCGUGCUGAGAUGCCCUCUAGGGACAGGAUCUGUAGUUGGGAAGUAGUAGUCCCUUAUGCGUCCGAUAGUGAUUCAGGAAGUCUGGAUUUGCAGCUGAGCAACUUAGAGGAUAUUAUAAAGGGCCCAAGUAGCCUUGAAUUUACAGAAUCCCUCACAGAUAGGUUCAGAUACCUGACUCAUGACGAUGCCUUCAGUGAGGCCAACGUUGAGAACCUGAUCGAGUCCAUCCAGGAGUUUUUUCAUGGUGAGCUAAAGAGUGAACAUGAGAAGCUGACAUACCUAAGAUCUUUGUCUUCUCUCAGCCGAAUUUUACCUUAUGAUGAAACCACAGAAUCAUUCAUUCACGGCCACAUCGCAGACAUUGUGCAUAUUCUAUACAUUCUGGUGGAGGAGGAGCACCUGCAUUCUCUCUUCAGCCCUGUGCGCCAGGAGGUCUUUGUCACCAUCACUGACCUCAGUUACCAAGAUGUCCAUUUGCUGUUUGGCUCUGAAGAUCGACUUGACUUGUUUAGCCUUAUCACCAAAAGUAUAAUCACUCUUCCCUCUGAAAAGACCCUUACCCAGCUGCAGCAAAUCAAACCAAGUGGGUCCUGCAAAUCAGAGUGUCUCUACAGGCAGACGUUUCAGGUAUUCUCUGAGAUGCUCCAGAGUUUGGUGGUAAAAGACCCACAUUUGGAAAAUUUUGACAUCAUUUUGAAGCACAUGGAUCCAUGGUUACAAUCAAUUAAAGACCAUGAGCGGGAAAGAGCUACAGCUAGCAUUGCUCAAGUUCUAAAGUGCUUAUGCAUGCAUCUCAGCUUGAAGCUUCCACUGCGAUUCCAAAGACUUGGACACCUAGUGGCUCUAAUGGUUCUACUGUGUGGAGACCCACUGAAAGAGGUGGCUGAGAAGGCUGCAGAGGGCACGCACUAUCUGCUGCACAUCACCUUGCGGCUGAAGUAUAUCACUGAGGACAAGAAAAAUCGCCCAAUCUUGAGAGGAGCAAUGAAAAACUGUCAAGAACUCCUAGAAUUCUACAGUAUUAAGCAGUUCUACACGUGUCCCUUCAAAAUUGCCAAGAUCUUCGAAGUUUUUCUCGAUUCAAAUGAGCUCUGCCAGUUUGUACUGACUAUAUUGGAUGGCCUAAAAAAUCUGGAACAUUCCUGUACCCAGCAAUUAGCCGGAGAAUUGCUGAUGUCAUUGGUAGAAAAUGUGGAGUUCCGAUUUGAGAAGGUACCAGAGAUUGUGGGAGUUAUCUGUGCCCAGCUAUCCAUGAUCAGUCAGCCUAGUGUCCGCCAACAAGUCAUAACUAUCGUGAGUUUGCUUAUCUCCAGGCCCAAGUACACAGAUAUAGUGAUCAGCUACCUUCUGUAUCAUCCUGUACCAUAUGACAGAAAUCUGGCAGAGAUGUGGAGAACCCUGAAGGUGGAGGUGCCCAGCACAACAGGGAUCCUGUCGAGGCUCCUGAGGAAGCUGCAGACAUGCCAUAAUGAGCCCACCCAGGAGAAGAUGGCCUAUGUGGCUGUUGCUGCAACAGAUGCCCUUUAUGAGGUGUUUAUGGGAAACGAGCUCCAAGAAGCUAUGUUCCAACUCUUCCCUCAGCUUCUCAUGACACUGCUCAUCCAGAUUCACCACAGCAUCGACCUCACCAUGUCUGAAGUCGCCAUCCCACCUGGCCUGUACACAGAACAAGAAAUGUCUUCAAAGGUUACUCCUUUGUGCUUUGCCAUACAGGCUACAAAGACUCUCCUCCUCAGAACAUUGUGCUUGCAGGAAUUCAACAUCAUGGAAAAGAAUGAAGGAUGGACCCUCCUGGCAGAAAAAGAUUGCCACCUUCAGGGAGUAUCUCUGCUUGCCAAUGCAUUGCUGAAAAGAAAUCACGUCCUUGCACAUAAGAUCUUGUACUUGUUAGUCCCUCUUCUUAACCGAGGGAAUGCUAAACAUAAACUCACAUCUGCAGGCUUUUUUGUGGAGCUUCUCCAGAGUCCAGUGGCUAGGAGACUGCCCAGCAUAUACUCUAUUGCCCGCUUGAAAGACUGGCUACAUCAUGGAAAUAAUAUCUUUAAAAUUCUCGCCCUGACGGGACUGUACUACAUUAUCAGACACCAGAAGAUGAGGGAAGACAUCCAGAGCCUGCUGCCGUGCAUCUUAGACCUGUUGUGUGAAUCUGAUGAGAAGAUUGUUUUGUUGGCCAUCCAGAUACUCCUGCUUCUCGUUAGAACAAUGGAUUUCUCUACCCUGGCUGCUAUGAUGAGGAAAACGUUCUCCUUAUUUGGUGAUGUGAGACCUAAUGUUCAUUGUUUCUCCAUGACCCUCUUUGGAGCCUCUGUAAAGUCUGUGAAAUACGCAAAUAAGAAAGGUAUAAAGAACCAAGUCCUGGACAGCUUGCUCCCAUUACUUCUGUAUUCUCAGGAUGAAAAUGAUGCAGUAGCUGAGGAGAGCAGGCGAAUCCUAACUAUAUGUGCCCAGUUUCUUAAGUGGAAGCUGCCCCAACAAGUGCACUGCAAAGAUCCCUGGUAUAUCAGCCCUAGUGAAGUUGAAACAAUCUGCAAAUUCUUUGGAAAAAAAUGCCAGGAGAAAGUUAACAUCCUAGCCCAAGCAUUGACGUUCUUCAAGAAUGCAAAACUUCCUAUCAGAAGAGCAGCAGUCUUAUUUGUCGGGAUCUUUUCAAAGUACUUGGAUCGCAAUGAGCUUAAAACGAAGGGUACUGAAUGGAUAGAGGAUGAUCUGAGACACCUGCUGUAUGACCCUGAGCCCUCUAUGCACAUGGUUGUUUCUCAAGCCUUACUCCAAAUCCAGAAGGUGGGGGCUGAACCAGAGCCUGAGCAGACUGUAUGGGGAUUGAGGAAGCUCAUGUGUUGUCUUCCAACCUAGAAAUGCAAGGCAAGCAACAUCAGGUAAAAAAUAAUCCUUUCAGAAACCACAGAAGCAACUCAUGCUCCUUUUUUUUCUCAGACUUAAAGAAAGCUACCUCCACCCAUUUAAUUACCUCAGGAUAUUUUUUGCUGUCAAGACCUUUAAGGAACUAGAAUAUGUAAGAGAAAACAGUUCUUGGUUUGGCAGGUAGAGUGUCAAUGUACUGAAUUUUUGAGGCAUUCCAGAGCAUCCACAAAGUCCCAGUUUGAUAAACAUGUCUAGGAGAGCUUCAAAAGAGAUUCUAAAUAAAUGUUAAUGUUGCAGUGUUUUUA